GAACAUGCAAACCGUACCUGUCAGCCCUGCCUCUUUUUUGCAUCGCAACAUGGCUGUGCGCGCGGAGUUGGUUGUCGAUAUUGCCAUUUGGAGCAUCAGGUGAACAGCUCCCCCCGGCCAAGGAAGCAGACACGGGACAAGAUAAAAGAACGUGUGCUGCAAAUAUUCAGGGAAAACUCCAGAAACCUGCAUGAUGAGUUGCAGGCAGAAGCUCGCUGGCAUCCAUAUGCCGUCAAGAUCGCGCAAGGCUUUCUGGAGGAUGAGAUACCUAUCACUUGGGAUGAGUUUGAAGGUGUCGAAGCAAGGUGGAGUCCGGAUGGAUUCAUUUUUUCCCUGUAG